UUAUUUAUCAGUUAUCGAUUACUCUCAGUCAAAAUGCAUAUCCAGAGCAUUGUUGCCCUCUGCUUGAUCAUCUGCUGUGCACAGAUCAGUGCCCAGAGCGUCGAUUGCGACAGGAUCUACAAGAGUUGCACGGACUGUGCAAGGAAUGUUCCUCAACGAGAUGAAAUUAAUCAUAGAAACAAUUGUCCAAGGGAAGUGGAGGAGCGUUGGAUCUGGCGUAAUCUUUCCCAAUGCGAGAUUCAACGUCUCUACUGUCAAAAUCCUGGUAGGCGCUUCACUUGCGAUACCAUUGCCGAGUUGGCUAAAAUGAGGCGCAGGAUUACGCCUCGUUGCAUUCGUUGUACGACUCCGCGAACCUCUCGUCGCACCACUCGCAGAAGAUCGAGUACUUCACGUAGACCGACGACUCGUCGUACUUCUCGUAGAUCUACGUCACGUAGAACCACACGUAGAACUACUCGCAAGCCAUCGCCAUAAAGCGGAAGAUUAUGAAACAGGGCUUGGUUGAAUAUUAAUCAGAAUAAACAAAAUUCAAUGGAAUAUAAAUAAACAAUAAAUUUCGAUAUGCUUUUAAAUACA